ACGUGACAAGACGAUAGACUCCAGCUGGUUGGGACACGCGAGGGAUCAUAUCAUCGAUCCGUAGCAUGUUCCCGAAGAUGGCCACCCCUUUUGCACAGGAUGCUAUGACACCGGAGAACCUACUCGAUGUGCGCCGGAAGCUCGAGCACCAUCUGGCGCAUCACGCGCACCAAGCAUCUUCUCUCACGAAGAAAGAUGUCCUAGAUUUGGGCCAACUGCAGCACGAGGUUCAUGUUGAAGACGAGUGUCGUGCACAAGGACUGACAGCUGAACAAAUCUUUUAUAACGCAGCUGUCCCGCUGCUAUACGAGCAGGCACUCCUAUAUGAAAAGAACACACUGAUUGCGAACACUGGUGUCCUUUGUUGCUCCUCAGGACUGAAAACGAGGCGAUCUCCAGAAGACAAGCGCAUUGUGCGAGAGAGCACGUCAGAAGAGAAAAUCUGGUGGGGCAAAGUUAAUAUCCCCUUCAAAGAACAGUCAUACCUAUUUAAUAGAGAAAGAGCAAUCGACUUUCUCAAUACUCAGAAGAGACUAUUUGUAGUCGACGGCUUUGCGGGGGCAGAUCCGAAGUAUAGAAUCAAAGUGCGCAUGAUCGCGACUCGGGCGUACCACGCCCUGUUCAUGCAGAACAUUCUCCUGAGUCCUACAGUUUCGGAGCUCCAAGAGUUCGAGCCUGUUUUUACCAUUUAUAACGCUGGCCUGUUUUCUGCGAACCGCUUUGCUGAGGGCGUCAGCAGUCAGACUUCGGUCGCACUUCAUCUGGGGCGAGGAGAGAUGGUCAUCCUUGGGACCCAGUACGCAGGCGAGCUUCACAAAGGUAUUUUCACAUACAUGAAUUACGUCAUGCCCCCAAAGGGCGUUUUGCCCUUGCAUGCAUCGUGCAUUGUUGGGAGCGCGAAAGGCGAUAGUGACAUCUCCGUGCUCCUGGGACUAACAGCGACAGGAAAGACAGCCCUUGUGGCAACCGCGGAAGGGAAGGUCCUAGCAGAUGACGAAGUCUUGUGGACUCCUGAAGGCGUUUCUGGAGUAUUGGGAGGUUGCUACGUUCGCUGUAAAGACAUCGACAAAGACCCCUGCCAGACGUUUGUAAACGCGAUGGUUUACGGGAGCGUCAUGGAGAAUGUUGUCUUGGACGAGGAAACGCGCCGAGUGUACUUUCACGAUACGACUCUUACAGAUAACACACGGUGCACAUAUCCUUUAACAUUUUUGGAGCACGGCAUGAAAGGCCUCCCUUCCGUCCCCCUCCAUCCCAAGCAUUUCAUCAUGUUGGUAAACGACACCUUUGGUGUCUUUCCGCCCGUCGCCCGUCUUUCUCUGCCGCAAGCUCUCUUUUACUUUUUGAGUGGAUUCACAUGUAAAGAGACUACAGCUGAAAAAAGAAGAGAUGGCACGACUCUCGAGAUGCGGCGGCGCAUCGUCACUUUCUCGGCCUGUUCAGGAUGUCCGUUCCUGCCUCUUCACCCCACAGUCUACAGCGACCUCCUGGAAAAAAAGAUUCGAGAACACGGAACGACCGUCUGGUUGAUGAACACCGGCUGGGUGGGGGGCCCAGCCUACGGCAUCUCCUUUAGAUCGACUGGAGAAAAAGUGCCGGUUGAGAUUUCACGGCGCAUCGUCAACGCGAUCCACGACGGCACAAUGAGCGAAUGUACAUUCAAGAUACUUCCUGUGUUUGAUCUGGAGAUUCCAGUCACUUUUGCAGACAUCCCGGAAGAGACGCUGUCGCCUCUGCAGGCGUGGACGGCGAGGACGGGAGAUUCGAGGGCAUUCGAGAAUGAAGCGAGACACGUCGCCAGUUUGUUUGUCGACAACUUCAAGCAGUUUGAAGGACGCGUCUCUUCUGAGGUCGCCGCACUUCUCGCGAGCUUCCAACGCGCCAAUGGCACCCACAGUCUCCCUUCCUAGACAGGGCGUUUGAGUGUAGGGCCCCAGCGCCGAGCCGGGAAACCGUCGCUGAUGUGAGGCCCGAAGUCUAAACAGAGAGAUACUGAGCGGAUUCGCCGCAGGUGUCUGGCACAUCCAUUGUAGUAAACAUCGGAAAGGGGAGAGAAAGUGUUCAGGAAGGAAACGACUCAAGACAUGGCGAGCACAAGACGAAAUACCCGACACACUGAGGUGACGUAGAAUCCAGAACUCCCUCUUCAAAGACGAAAGACUAAUCGCUCCUACUUUUCUCCCCGAAGAACAGUCGUCUUUUCUGUCUCAGUUUGAGACUUGACGCUUUGGCGGGGGGAGAGACGGCCAAAGGUAGUGGUUGUGCUGUCCUGAUCGGGGAACUAGAAAAUGUGAAGGCGCAUCGGCUUAGACGCAUCGGUGGACAACAAUUAUGUACGGGUUGUCGAGACGUUACUCCUCAAGUGCAGCUGUGGUAAAUCAAACACUACAGAAUGUUGCAUGCUUAAUAAGACUCCAGUUGUGAAAAACAGACAUCUGAGUCUUCUAGGAUGGUACACCCCUCCACUGGACUGUUCAAGGCAGCAAAAAGUGGGUAAGUUGAAACAUAAGUCCGCUCACACUCGUAAAAACGUGUGGCAGACACCGACCUACUUCGUGGUAUUCUUCGCCCUGACACUGACUUUGAGCCGAGGCGCAAAAAGGGACAAUCGGGCACGAAAUCCCACAGCGUUUUAAGACAUCCACCUUCACACGUACACCUGUGUGGGUGUCUCACGGAUAAGCGGUCGCAGAGGAAUAAUACAAAAUGAGGAGUUCUCUGCGUUUUACCUCGCAUGAGUGUAGUAGUUUGAGAAGUGACUGAGAAAAAAGUUCACGGGCUGUGAUACCAGGCUUCUUGCCGUAGCGUGGGAGUCGUGUUCCUGUGAAGUUGGUUUCUUUAGAAAACUUCCAAGAAAGAUCCGAGUCCUGCUGUGGACAAACUGGACGGCCCCCC